AUGACCGACUGCGGGGCUUUCAAUCCCGAGCUGCGUACCCAAAUGGAACUUGGCAGGCUUUUGGACACAAUUGAAGGGUUCCACCUCGGCUCUCACAACCUAACCGGGCGUCAUCGCCCCGUUUACGAGGAGGCGAGGGCGCGAUUCGACGAUCUGGAGCGCGCGUGCGUUGAGUUUGCCAGGGUGGCUACGGUCAAGGAAGGUUAUCGUCCUCUUCGCUUGUCCACGCCGGCUGGCGUCAUUGAGGCCGUUGAGCCCUAUUGCAUCUUCGACCCGCCCAAUGCGUGGGAGGAGUUCACCAGGAAUCGCGGUAUGCCUUGCUAUAACUACACGAUGUUGGUCGCUGGCAUCCAGCAGUGCCGCGAGGUGAUUGAAGCUCACCCGGAGCCGCGCUUCCAGAAGUUAUGCCUCUUGGACUUACCGCCCGAGCUGCUCGACCAUAUCAUGAAUUUGUGUCAUAUCUUGGUUGCGAGGGUUUGGAAUCAAGUCUGUAAGACGCUGCAGAAGCACGCGUCGCAGCGCCCGCAUACUUACUGCGACCUCACGAUGGCGCGCGAGAUCGACUGGCCGACGGCGCGGGACUUGGAGGACACGCCCGACGAGCUCGAGGCCUACCUUCGCGGUCAGGCCUUUCCCGCCCGCGACGCCCUCGUCCGCCGCAUGGAGCGCCUGCUCUCCCGCCCGGACAUCCUCGAGCGCAUCCGCACCCUGACCUUCGGCGAGGACUGGACACACGACCACUUUGGCUUCGUCGAGCGCAUGCGGUGUCCGGCGGAGGAGAUUACGGAGAAACCGUAUGCGUUGUUGGCGGAGGUGUUGGGGAGGUCGAAGCCGGGGAGGGUGAUUUAUCGGGCGGGAUCGCUGACGACACCGGUGUGGAAGGCGAUUGCGGCGCAGCCGAGUGUGCGGUCUGCGGCGCUGACGACGCGAUUGGUGGACGAGCGGCCGGAUUGGCCGCCCGCCCCCAACAUCAUCAACCUGCACAUCUGCAUCGGACACGCCGUCAGGCCGGUCAACCAAUGGGACAUCAUCCCGCUCUGCCCCUCCGCCGUCUACCUCAAGGUCAUCAGCAUCGAAGAAUACGGCAGCGUCGUCCCCGACACCGUCUUCGGCGCCUUCCCCGCCAACCCCAUGGCGCACAUCCAGCGCCUCGACCUCCAGAACAUCGCCGCCGACUCGCUGAUCAGCCUCGCCGACGCCAUCCAGGCGAUCCCGCGCGUCCCGCUCACGCACCUCUCCAUCGCGCCGAAGGCCUCGCUCGUCUACGGCGAGGUCGCGUUCCCGCUCGUCGAGGCGCUGCAGCACGCGCCGGACCUGCGCGUCCUGCAUAUCUCGGGCCUGCACUACGCGUGGACGGAGCUGCUGGAGUUCAUGGGCGAAAGCGUGCCGGGGCUGGAGGCACUCGUCCUCGAGCACAGCACGAGCGAGCGGAAGAAGAAUGUGGAGACCGCGCACUGGCCGUGCCCCGCGUACGAGUACGCGCCGCUGCUGGGCGCCUUCCCCCGCCUGCGCCACCUGGGCCUCAACAUGGAUAUGUCGAGCUCCCACACGCCGCGCAUGAUGGAGCAGAUGGAGAAAGGGUACGACGGCACGGCGCCGACGGAGGGACUCUACCAGACGCCACUGACGAGUGCCACGCUCGACGAGAGCCUUGAACCUGACUCUGUCGGCACCACGGAGGGCUGGAUGACGGGCAAAUUGUUCGCGAUUCAUGCGAAGAACUUGAAGAGCCUCGCACUGCACAAGAUGCAAGACUGUCAUUUUCACCGGUGGUCGUGGUCGAUUGAAAGGGACGGCGAGAGCCCUUCGCUUUGCUCGUUGAGCGCCGAGGACGGGGAGUAUAUUGCGAAGUGUAUGCCGAUGUACCAUGCUGCGAGUUGGGAGCUCACUCCGAAGGAGAUGGACAUGCUGACUGCCCAUUGA